AUGGAAGCGACGCGGGUAUGGCUGCUUCUCGCCGUUUUCUGCGCAGCAUGGCCGAGUCUUUGCUCAUGUCAGGAGGAGUCUGAGGCAUACCCUGGAUGGCAGGCGGACAAGUUUGGAGUGGCGAUAAAUCCUGCAGUGGCCGACGGGAACCUCACAGAACCGCGAGUCACCGUGCUCUCGUGGAAACCAAGGGCUUUCCUCUACCACAAAUUUCUGACGCCAGAGGAGUGCAACCACAUCAUCUCCCUGGCUCGGCCGCGCCUGGAGCGGUCGGAGGUGGUGGCUCGGGAGGGCGAGGGCUCGAACGUGGAUGACGUGCGCACGAGCUUCGGCACGUUCCUGGACUGGCAGCAGGAUGACGUAAUCAAGCGCAUUGAGGAGCGCAUAGCUGCGUGGACCUUCCUCCCUGUUGAGAACCAGGAGGCGAUGCAGGUGUUGCGGUACCAGGAGGGGCAGAAGUAUGAGGCACACCAUGACUACUUCGAGAAGGAAGGCCAGCAGGGGGGCCACCGCUACGCCACUGUGCUCAUGUACCUCACUGAGGGCAUGGUGGGGGGCGAGACUGUGUUCCCCGAUGCUAAGGACACGGUGGAGAAGGACGACACGUGGUCGGAGUGCGGCAAGCAGGGCGUGGCAGCCAAGCCAAUCAGAGGUGACGCACUCCUCUUCUUCUCCCUCACCCCCUCCGCCGAGCUCGACCUCGCAUCCCUUCACGCGGGCUGCCCGGUGAUCUCCGGCGAGAAAUGGUCGGCCACAAAGUGGAUCCACGUGGGAGCGUUCUACACCCCCUCUGGAGCGCCGGCUGUAGCACCGCCCGCGGAUGGGUCGUGUGAGGACAAGGCACAGCACUGUGUGUACUGGAAGACCCAGGGCGAGUGUGACAAGAACCAGGAGUACAUGCAUGCUAAUUGUCCCAAGUCGUGUGGUGUAUGCUCGUCGUGA